GAAUCACCAGCCAAUGUAGCCAUGGCAUCUAGAAAUCAACAAAAAGAAGUGAAAGUACAUACGAAUUACGAACAAAGAGCCAAAAUAUAUGGAAGUAAGAAAGUUCAAAAUGCCAAUACCAACAAUGAAGGUAAGGUAUUAGUAAAUGCAAGAAAUCUACAAAUGGCAACAACGACACCGAAAUCGCAACCACUAGCCAACAUAACCACGUCAUCUAGAAAUCAACAAAGAGAAGUGAAAGUACAUACGAAUUACGAACAAAGAGCCAAAACAGUAUGGAA